GUCUGACAAUGUUGCGGGGAACACUGAUGUUCACUGAUAAGACAUUCAAUAAAAAGAGAGAAGGCUGCCACAUAUUAUAUCUACUUCAAAACUCUAAAUAACUACCGCACUGCCCUUCCUUUGGUGCUCAGGUGGAUUGGUCGCUUUCAAGCGCUUAUUUGAUCACUACUAACCCUACAGAAACAGAAAUCCUACACCCAAACAUGCCCAAGAUUCUCAAGAUUGCUGCGGCACAAUGCCGGACCCUCGACACAACUGGCAACACUCUCAAGCAGCUUGAGACCAAGGUCAAAGAGGCCGCCGCAGAGGGCGUUGACCUCAUCCUUUUCCCGGAAGUUUACUUGGGCGGAUACCCCCGAUCAGCGACCUUUGGCGCCAAAAUUGGUGAGCGGACUCCAGACGGCUAUCACCAGUACUUGUCGUAUUUCCAAGGAGCCAUUGAUCUGGGAGAUACUCCCGAAGGCGCAUAUGAUGAUUGGGUUAGUCGCCAACUGCCUACCAACGACAACGGAGUUCGCGGAGACGGCACGCGUGAAGAGCUGGAGAGAAUUGCACACGAGACUGGAGUCUACAUAGUCACUGGUGUGUUAGAGAGAUCCGGAGGCACUCUGUACUGUUCCGUGGUGUAUGUCGAUCCAGCCAAGGGAAUUGUUGGAAAGCGACGCAAAGUUCUUCCAACAGGGAGUGAACGACUUGUCUGGGGCCAGGGCCAACCUCGAUCACUCAAAGCCGUGAGCACAACUAUUAAGGGAGUCAAAAUUUGUCUUGCUGCCGCCAUCUGCUGGGAGAAUUACAUGCCUCUCUUGCGCCAGACUCUGUAUCAGCAGAACGUCAACCUGUAUCUUGCGCCAACUGCCGAUGGAAGAGCAACAUGGCUUCCACUUAUGCAAACAAUCGGAUUCGAGGGACGGACUUUUGUUGUGAGCUCCAAUCAAGCUGUCCGUGACGAUCAGCUUCCCGAGUGGAUCAGCGAGGUAAAGCGGGAGGGUAAGUUCAUUAGUGGUGGAGGAUCAUGCAUCAUUUCUCCUUUUGGUAAGGUUCUGGUUGGGCCGAGCUGGGAUAAGGAUGGCGAGCUGCUCAUUCAGGAGCUGGAUUUUGAGGAGUGUGAGAAGGGUCGGCUGGACUUGGAUGUUGCUGGAUCUUAUUCGCGGAAUGACUCGUUUCAUCUGGAGGUUAAAGGUCUUGACUUAAUCCCACCACCUUAGGCAGAGAAUUUGUGAGAGCCAUUCCGUUAGCUUCGAGAGCUUUCUGUUAUCUUGCCGGAUACAGUAUCAGUAUUACCAUGUCCAGCAAUUGUUUAAUGAUGCAAUAUUGGUUAUCCGUUGCAUCUAAUGACGUUAGCUUAGCAGAUGGUAACACAUGGCAUUCAGUAUGGAUUUGAAACAAAAGUAGAUGUAGAUGUGCUUG